GCAAACAGCAUGGCCGUAGAUGUUCGGCUAGCGUGUGCUCGUGUUGACCGUAAAGAGUUGCCGUUUACAAACGAUCAAGCACAUUUAGUGACCCCAGGAGAUGUUAUUACCACAGACACGGGUUUUAUGCGUGGCCAUGGCACUUACAUGGAGGAUGAGAAAUUACAUGCUUCAGUAUCAGGAACGGUUGAGAGAGUCAAUAAACUCAUCUGUGUGAAACCACUCAAGACAAGGUACAAUGGAGAGGUGGGAGAUGUGGUUGUUGCACGGGUGAUAGAAGUUGGGCAGAGGCGCUGGAAGGUGGACACCAACUCCAGACUGGACUCUGUCCUCAUGUUGUCAUCAGUUAACUUGCCUGGAGGAGAGCUGAGGAGGCGUUCUGAAGAAGAUGAGAGAAUGAUGAGGGACUACUUACAGGAAGGGGAUCUCAUUAGUGCUGAGGUGCAAUCUGUGUUCUCAGAUGGUUCUUUGUCUCUACACACAAGGAGUUUGAAAUAUGGAAAGCUCGGCCAGGGUAUACUUCUGAAAGUGUCCCCAUCCUUAGUAAAGAGGAGAAAGACCCACUUCCACAACCUUCCUUGUGGGGCCAGUAUUAUCCUAGGCAACAAUGGCUAUGUUUGGAUAGCUCCCAUCCUCAACGAGGACACUGAAAACACAGGAGGGUUUAUACAGAACUUGGAGCCAGUGGCAGCAGUGGACAGAGAAGCCAUGGCCAGACUGAGGAACUGUGUGUUAGCCCUGGCAGAGCACAAGAUGAUGCUGUUUGACACUAGUGUGCUGUAUGCCUAUGAGGAGUCUACCAAGUACACUGUCAAAGAUUUACUAAAACCAGAAAUCAUGGAUGAAGUAGUUGAGCUGACAAGACAGAGACUUGAAGCAGAAGGGUAGACAUUUUGGAGCACUAGGGUGUGGUGCAAGGAUGUCAAUACUAUGGAAGAGUAUGCAAUAUAAGUGCUGAGCAAUGAAGUGAAUGCUGUGAAAGAGAUUACUCUAAAUAGUUGGUGGGAGAAGUGUCUCUCUGGAGUCACAGUGAGAUAGCUGUGGUAAUGUAAGAAUUUUCUUCAGAGCAGGAUGUCCUCAAGGUCAGAGAGGACUCACAGAAGACAAUGUGGACUGCACUUCAGAGUUAGUCGAAGGAAAAUAUUAUAAUGGUGGCAAUACUGACCCAGCAAACCUGUGCGCACUAAGCCAUGUGGAAAAAAAAGCAUUGUCAUUCAGAUGAAAAAUGAAUUUUAGAAUGUUUUACGUCUAUGUGAUGAAAUAUUUCAGCAGCUGAAAGAUGGCUUGCCACACCUAUAUCUCAACAUAAGUGUGUGGCAAUCCAUCCAGUCACUGUAAGUAUUGGAAAGACACUUUGGGGGCAGGGGGGCUGCUUGUAUUUAUAAACAAGGCAGCAAAGCUGUCAAAUGUACAGGCAAAAAAAAA